UCCCUGGAGGAUAAUAGAUGACUGCGGAGGUGCUUUCACAAUGGGAGCGAUUGGAGGUGGCAUUUUCCAAGCUAUCAAGGGGUUCAGAAAUUCCCCAGUGGGUGUAAACCACCGGCUGCGGGGAAGUUUGACAGCUAUUAGAACAAGAGCUCCGCAACUGGGAGGUAGCUUUGCUGUCUGGGGAGGUCUCUUCUCCAUGAUUGACUGCAGUAUGGUCAGAAUGAGAGGGAAAGAAGACCCGUGGAAUUCAAUCACAAGCGGAGCCCUGACUGGAGCCAUAUUAGCUGCAAGAAAUGGACCUGUUGCCAUGGUCGGAUCUGCUGCGAUGGGAGGAAUUCUCCUAGCUUUAAUCGAAGGAGCUGGUAUUCUGUUAACAAGAUUUGCCUCCACACAGUUUCCCAACGGCCCUCAGUUUUCAGAUGACCCCUCCCAGCUGCAGCCCUCUCCAUUUGGCGACUACAGACAGUACCAGUGAUUAUCCUCAUUCUCCUAGUCCAUGUUGUACCCGGGCUGUAAUUUAAAAUGCUGGAGGACCGAGAUGUGGUAUGUCUUUACACCAGUGGUAGUCUCUUACACAAACCAUGCCAAGAGGACCUUCAGCACUCUUCAGCGUAAAGCUGCACAGGAGAACUUUCAGAAGAUGACAGAUCUAUUUAUUCAUGAUAGAUUCCAUUGCUGUAGUGUUGAUACAUGUCUGAUAGAAUACACGUUGAUUUAAGACAAGGACCACAUGGAGUCUUGUCAUCCUUUGGACAUGGACUGAAGUGAAAGUCUUUGGAGGCUUCUCUGGGAUGUGGCGUUGACCAUCCGCAGUGAACGCAGCUUGGAAUUUAGCCACUUCCCCGUCGGAUUUAGGUCGCUACAUGUAUUUCAGCUUAAGGAAAACAAUUCAUCUACACGCAGUUUUACAUUCCUAAAGUGAAUAUUAUUGGGAAAAUGUGCAAGCCAGUGAAAAUUACUUCCAGCAAUAUAUAUUUCGCUGC